GCAACCUUACAACCAAGACAAGCCACUACGACAGGGAGCGAUGUCAGGCUACACAGUAUCCCCAACCACUGCGGCCCUGGCAAACCACUUCUUCGAAACGCUCGGAUGUACGGAACCUCAACGACGCCGGUUCUUACAGCUCGAAGGGGCUUAUGAGCGGUGAGUUCCCGCUGUGGCACCUAUUCGGAUCAUCGUCGGGUCUACUCAUUCGUACGGAACCUCCACGGAGAAGCGUGGGCGAAGGCGCAUUUCGUGGAACAUUGGAGAACGCAGGAGAUGGCCAGGUCGGACGGGGUGACGAUCGCUAUCCAUGAUGCCGUUCAAGCUCACCUAGCUAGAGCUGCAAGCGGGGAAACUGUCACCGAUAUAUAUCCCAACUUGAACAUGAGCUCCACGGCGUUGUCAACAUCAAUACCGAUGUCGUCGUCCGACCCGAUGUCGAACUCGAACUCGGGUCUUCAACCUGAUACAACCUGGAAAUCGUCGGAUUCGACCUAUACUACUGUUCUGGGGAGGAAUUCUACUUCGACUUCAAUUCCAAUUACAACUUCAAACAAUCCGAUAUUACCCGCAACCGCAACCGCAAACCCGACUUUGACCCGUGAUCCUCAAUCGAGACCUGGGCUUCAACCUGGACCUGGACCUGGACUCGGACCUAGACCUAGACCUGGACCUGGACCUAGACCUGAACUUGGCUCUGCGUCUCGUCCGGCCCACCAAGCGCCUGUCGUCAGCCUGCCUAAACCUGCAGGGGUUGUAGGGUUGAAUUCGGGUACGAAUCCGGAACUGAGUAAUGGCCGGACUGACGGUCGGACUAGAGGAGGGAUGGGUGUGAGGCUGGGUGAGAGGCCGGAUGUGGUUGACGACGUCGACGUAGGGAUGGGCGUGCAGGUGGAGGUGAAGGGGCAAAGGGAGGUGGACCGAGGGCAACGGCGAGAUCCUGAGGAGGUCCAAUGGCAACGCCAGGACAAAAUUCCCCGAGAGGAGGAUCAAAUUCAAAGGGGUCGACCCCAAAGGGAAGAUGAACUUGAACGUCAAAAGGAAGAUCGAAUUCAAAGCGAAGUGACGAACACAAGGACAAGCGCCGAAGUAGCUGAACGGAAGGUAGAAGAAAAGGAACGGGAAUUGCGAUUACAAUUGGAAUUACAAAAGGAUCGUGAACACAUCCGAGUGAACGGGAUCCAAGGGCGAGAAGGAGAGAUGGAGGCCGAGCAGCAUCGUCUUGCUUCGUCUCCGUCUGCGAUUGCGAUUGAUAGCACUCCGCUCGGCUCUGGUCCUACCUCUACCGUUACCGUCAUUGGACGAACACGAACGCAGAUGGGGAUGAACAGUUCGGGUAUCGGUCAAGAGGUUCCUGAAGCUACCCGACUCGACCCAAUACAUCGGGAAGCGACCCAGCUCGAUCUCGCAAGCGUAUCACCUCGGCGUCUCUUGCUUUCGAAUCAACGUUUACCGACCCGUCUUUCGCCUACUUAUCUCGAUCCCUUACCGAAUCGAUGGCCGAUCUCUGUAACUGCUGGGACGAUGUCAGCCUCAGCGCCGGUAUCAGCGCCGGUGCAGGUGGCAGCAGAAGCGGACGGGCCGGUUGUAAAUCGUUCUUGCGUGCGAGAAACGAAACUGAAGGAACAAGAUAAGGCGGUCGGACCUUCUCGUCCGCUGGAUCUUGAGAUGGCCACGUCUCCUCCUGGUAACGCCCUUGCGACCGUCAGCUCGGACGCGGAGACGAGCGUGGAAGCCGUCUCUUGUCAUACGAAACGCAAGAGGACCUCGCCUGCCCGUGGCUCGUCUCUCCACCCCUCGACACCCAAUCACCGCGAGCCCCAAAACAGCAGAGGCGGCGGGAAGGACAUUGUUGAGAAACCGGAGAAGGUGACGAGGACGACGUUGUUCCUGGACGAAGGAGAGAGCUUGAUCUACCGGGUCGGACAGCGGGGGAUUUCGAACGAAUACCUAAGCGGCAUCCUUCGGCCCGACCCGGACUGGAAAUCAUGGACGUCGACCUCGGGCAAGGUCAAGAGGCAUUUCUACGCCGAGAUGGUCUUUCAAUUCAAGCUCUCGAGGGAUCUGGCUCGGGCUCAGGCGGGGACGAGAGACGGAGAUGGGAUCGGGGCGGAGGAGCUGGCAGGAGGAAAUGUGUCGGCCGAUCGGUCAAUCGACGACGAUGGAAUGUGGGACGAGGACGAGUUGAUGCCCGCCGAGGAGUGUGAAAAGGACUUGAGCGAUCUGGUCUUUUAAUCCGGACAGGCUGGGCGAUCCGUUGAGUUGCGCGCCGAGAGGCUCGAAGAUGAUGUGCGCUCAACCCAUGUCCACUUGAU